GUUUCGUCUCGUCUCUCUUCGUCGUCUCCCAACAAAGGACAACGACUGACUCCUUCAUUCGUCUCUCCUUUCUCUCAUUAUUUCUCUCACUGCUCUCACGAGUAUUACACUUGCUUCAUCUUUUCAUUUUCCUUCAAACCCAACUCUCAUAAUACCAUUCCCGACCACAUAUACAGCCCUACGCAACUCCGUUUCCCAAUCCCAUCGCAUUCAAAAGCUUCCACCUAUACCAUACCACACCACGACACAAGCGCAUUGCCCAGCCUUUACCAAGCAAUCCCCAGUCGUAUUUCUCAAUCCCCAAGACUCAGAGAGUACCCGUCACCUGGUAAAAAGGUUAACGCCGCGGCCUGACCGGGAUAAUAUACAACACCCAUCACUUUCGCCUUCUCCUCCACCUUACUUCCAACCUCACUCCCUCUUGCGAACACACCAACCCUUCGCGCAAUAGCAAUGGCAUCUCAGAAAUACGACCCGCCCGCAGGCGCACCACCCGCAUACCCUCAAUCCCCCCCUCCCGCACACACCGACGCUGGCUACGGCCCUCCCGUUCCCUACCAACAACCCCAACCCUACUACAACAACACCGGCUCGCCCGCACCCCCAGGCUCCAACGCAGAUUUCUACGGCGGUGCGUCCCCGAACCCAUACGCCCAGCAGCAGCAGGGUUACGGCCCCCCUCCGCCACAGGGCCAGUAUGGUCCUCCGCAAGGGCAAUACGGUCCCCCGCAGGGCCAGUAUGGGGGUCCCCCGCCGCAGCAGGGGAUGUACUAUCAGCAGGGUCCCCCGCCGGGGGGUUAUUAUGAUGAUAGGGGUGGGAGGAGCGGUGGUGGUGGUGGACUGAUGACGGGUCUUUUGGCGGGUUUGGCGUGCUGUUGCUGUUUGGACUGCUUGUUUUAAGGAGAGGGAGAGGGAGAGGGAAAGGAGAGUCGCCCUUUUCAAGGUUUUUCUUUUCGGGUUCAUUCUGGGUGUUCUUUUUACUUUCUCAAUUGUCAAAUCGUGUUUUUGAUAAGUAAUUCCAUCGAGAGCUUCUUCUUCUGAAGGAAAUGGCUCGGACACAUCACCAGCUGUUUGCGGGAAGAGUGCUUGAAUAUACCAAUACCAUCAUUAAAGUAACAACUUCACUAUGCUUCACUAUAUUAC